CAUGGAUUAUUUGCUUCGCUAUCGCAGGAUGACCGUGCCGAAAAGAUAUGCCGAAUUCGUUGCACUGAUUGCAAUCUCGUGCACGCUGUUCCUGUUCCUGCACACCCAGAGCCUGACAUCGCGGCUGCGCGAAAUGGAGGACCGGCUGCAGCCACCCUCCUCACUAUCGGCUGCCAGCGGUUUGAGUGGUAAUUCAAUUAGCCAAGUUUCGGCCGGAGCUAACCAAAGCCACCAUCCGGAUGAGAACAACCACCACCACCAGCAGCACAAUCACCAAGAGCUGAUUGGCAAUCUGCAUCAUACGUACAACUAUCUUAAAAGCACCGGACAGAUGCAGACCCUCAAAGCGACAGAGCUGAACAACACACGCCGGGCCGAGAUCCCCAUUAUCUUCUUCAACCGUGUACCGAAGGUUGGUAGCCAAACGUUCAUGGAACUUCUGCGUCGAUUGGCCGUCCGCAACGAUUACACCUUCCACCGGGACGUUGUGCAGCGGCUGGAGGUGAUCCGGUUGGCACCGGAGCGUCAACAGGAACUCGCCGAAAUGGUAAUGGAUCUGCCGGUACCGUCCGUCUACGUUAAGCACGUGUGCUACACCAACUUUACCCGCUUUGGACUUCCGAUGCCGAUCUACGUUAAUAUGGUGCGCGAUCCGGUUGAGCGCAUCAUCAGCUGGUACUACUAUGUCCGUGCACCGUGGUACUAUGUGGAGCGAAAGCAAGCAUUCCCCGAUCUACCCCUGCCAGAUCCACGCUGGCUUAAGAAGGACUUUGAAACGUGCGUUCUGCAGGGCGAUCCGGAGUGUACCUAUUCGCAGAAUGCCGUACACGAGGGCAUCGGAGAUCAUCGUAGGCAAACGCUGUUUUUCUGCGGACAUGGUGAAGAGUGUCUCCCUUUCAACAGUGCCGGUGCGCUGGAACGUGCCAAGUAUGCCGUCGAAAGCCAGUACGCGGUGGUCGGCGUACUCGAGGACCUCAACACCACGCUGUCCGUGCUGGAGAAGUACGUGCCGCGGUUCUUUACCGGUGCCAGCUCAGUCUACUUCAACGAGGUGAACGUGCUGCAGAAGAUCAACAAAAACAGCUUCAAACCACCGGUCAGCGAAGAGAUUAAAAAUCUCGUGCGGCGAAACUUUACGAAAGAGAUCGAAUUCUACCAGUUCUGCAAGCAGCGACUCUAUAAGCAGUACCUCGCCACCCAGCUACCACGCAAAUAG